AUGGUUUACUCGGAGAAGCCCAACUGGGAUUACCGGGCAGAGGUACAAGCCUUCAGCCACCGGCUGCGUGAGAACUUUUCACUGGACCUCCUCAGGACCGCGUUUGUUAAUUCUUGUUAUAUUGAAAGCGAAGAGGCGAGACGCCGAGAACUUGGGAUAGACAAAGAAACGGUUGCUCUUCAUCUAGAGGACAACAGUAAACUCGCCGAACGAGGGAUGUCUUUUUCACGUUCCUACCUGACGCGGUGCUUUGAAGGUGCCUACCCGGCUUUACCCGCGAAGGGCGUAGAGGCGCUUGUUGAUUUUCUGACCGGUCAGGAGCUCGUUUCUCACGUGGCUCGGAACCUGGCUGUCCAGGACCUGACGCUUUGCAGAGAGUUCCCCGUCCCGCCACGCGUGCUGCAGAGGACGUUCUUUGCUGUAAUCGGAGCCUUGCUCGGUAGCAGCGGGCCUGAGAGAACGGGGGUCUUUGUCAGGGAUUUUUUUAUUCCCCAACUGAUUGGAAAAGACCUGUUUGAGAUCUGGGAAGUUGUAAAUCCUAUGGGCUUACUAGUGGAAGAACUGACCAAGAGGAAUAUCCCUUCUCCAGAACCAAGAAUUACCAGGCAGCUGGGAGUCAGCACGGUUCUGCCACUGUACUUUGUCGGGUUGUACUGCGAUAAGAAGAUUAUAGCUGAAGGUCCUGGUGAAACGCUGCUUGCUGCAGAGGAAGAAGCUGCCCGCGUGGCACUGCGGAAGCUGUAUGGGUAUACAGAGAACAGGAGACCUUGGGAUUACUCGAAAUCCAAAGAAGGAUCCACGGCUGAAAAGGCUAUCGGCAGUAACUAGGUGAUAAAAGGCAUUUCGGGUUUCUCUUAAGAAUUAAUGGCUCCCGUGCUGAAUAUAGAUGUAUUUAGGAAACCAAAAUUCAGUUUGGUUUCCUGAUCUUCAGUGCUCGAAACUUUCAAAUCAAAUACGGUAUUAAAAUAAAUAAAAGUCUCUCUCCCUUUGCAC